UUUGUGUUCAGUAGUGAAGUUCACUUAGUGGGUGAAACAUUCUAAAAUUUUAUGUUCACACGCGCACUUAAUACACAAAACGUAGUAAAAAUGGGAUCGUUAGCCACUCAAGUAAAUAAAACGGUCGAAGUUAAGGGAAAUGGCCUAGCUAUGGAUGUCGGACUUGUGCAAAAUAAACCCAUUGGACAGGUCAUCGAAAGCACUCAACCGAAAACUGUUCCCAAAUUAUUUACACCAUUCACAAUAAGAGACCAGACGUUUCCGAAUCGAAUACUGGUCGCUCCCAUGUGUAUGUAUUCAUGCAAGAACCAAGAUGGAAUCUUGACCGAUUUCCACUUGGCACAUUAUGGUACUCUUGGAAUUCGUGGAACAUCUCUUGUUAUUAUCGAAGCGACAGCUGUUGAGCCACAAGGUAGAUUGUCACCUGAAGAUACUGGUAUGUGGGGAGACGAACACAUCGAACCAUUGAGACGCAUAGCACGACUUGUACACGCAUCUGGUGGGAGACUUGGCAUUCAGUUAGCGCACGGUGGAAGAAAGGCAGCAUGUUACCCUCCUUUUCAUAAAUAUGAAGAGAACAACGGCAGAUUAAACCGAGGAUCUCCAGUGCCAGAUAGUGAAGGCGGAUUUGCGAAUGAAAUUCGUGCUCCGACUUCUGUUGCUUGGUCUAAGGAUAUGCCAGCUCCGAAAGAAUUAACCACUGCUGAAGUCAAAGAAUUGGUACAGAAAUUUGCUGAUGCUGCAAAGAGAUCGGUUGAGGCCGGUGUAGAUGUGAUAGAGAUUCACGGAGCACACGGUUAUCUAAUUCACGAGUUCCUUUCUGGAUUCACAAAUAAACGUACCGAUGAGUAUGGAGGAAGUCUAGACAACCGACUUCGAUUUGUAUUAGAAAUUAUCGAAGCAGUUCGUGCUGUAAUUCCAGCUGGUAUGCCGCUAUUUUUGCGUGUUUCUGGAACGGAUUACAAAAAUCCUAGCGAUAUAGUAGCAUCCGACCCAGAAGGUUGGGACAUUGAUCAAGUAAUUGAACUUUGUCGAAGAGCAGUUCCGCUUGGUUUGGACCUAAUUGACAUAUCGUCUGGGGGCAAUGUUCCCGGUAAUCGAGGAGUUUUCAGUAACGAUUUCGGCUUCCAAGUUCCAUUGGCUCAAAAAGUGAAAGAGGCAAAUAUUGAAGGAUUACUAGUGGGAACCGUUGGCGGACAGAAUGUUCCUACGCUAUCGGAAAAGGUUUUGCAGGAUAACAAGGCGGAUGUUGUUCUUAUAGCAAGGGAAUUUAUAAAAGAUCCGAGCUACGUUUACACAGCGGCUCGAGAAUUAGGAGUGGUAGCUCGUUGGCCGAAACAAUAUUCAUGGUGGCAGCCAUUUACAGCUGAAGAAAAAACUACGUUAGAACACAAAUGAACAAUAAAACAAUUUAAAUAAAUAGUUUCCA